AGUGUUGCUAAUGUAAAAGUAGAAAGCACAUUUGUGACAUUUCUGUCAUAUUUAAUUGCUCUUAAACUCUGAGGCUGGACUGAUGCUAGUGUAGAUAUUAUGGCUCAAUAAUAGAUGAGGAAACGUGCUCUGAUGUUAAAGAAAGAAAAACAGAAAACGCUGGAGGUACUCAGCCAUUGAGGCAAGACUUGUGAAGAGAGAAACAUGGUUAUUGUUGCCAUGAACCUUCAAAUCUGAUGCGUUUUAUCAGGUCUUGGCCUCGUUGACCCAGCAAAGUCCUCUUCAUUAACGUAUGAGGGGCUAUGCCAACUUUGGGAAAGCUAUGGAACAAACCAGUCAGGCAAUGGGCUCGGAGAUUUACCCUGUCACCUGAUACCCUAGGCUCCUCCAUGGCCAUCCUCAGGUACCUGAUGUCCCGCCAAGGGGAGGGACGACCACUGAUGCCAAGGCACGUAAUGCAGUCAGGAAGCAUACAUUCCAUGAUAAGAUGCAUUCUGAAGGUGCUGAUCAGCCAAAACACAAGAGAUGCUAAAAAACGAGUCAAAGCAGAAAAUCCUGUUGUAGAAAUGGAUGGAGAUGAAAUGACCAGAGUGAUUUGGAGUUUCGUUAAAGAAAAGCUUAUUCUGCCUAAUGUUAACGUGGAGUUGAAAUACUUUGAUCUUGGUCUCCCCAGUCGAGAUAAAACAGAGGACCAGGUGACCAUUGAGUCUGCGUUGGCGACACAAAAAUAUGGAGUUGCAGUGAAGUGUGCCACCAUUACACCAGAUGAAGCCCGUGUGGAAGAGUUCGGACUGACACAAAUGUGGAAAAGCCCAAAUGGGACCAUUCGAAAUAUUUUAGGUGGCACAGUUUUCAGAGAACCGAUUAUUUGCAAAAACAUCCCACGACUUGUUCCUGGCUGGGUGAAACCAAUCACAAUAGGACGACAUGCAUAUGGAGAUCAGUAUCGAGCCAUUGAUUUCGUCAUGGACAAACCAGGCAACUUCAAACUUGUCUUCAUACCCAAGGAUGGAAGCAGAUCCCUUGAAUGGAAUGUGUUUGACUUUCCUGGUGGAGGGGUGGGAAUGGGAAUGUACAACACUGAUGAGUCUAUUACAGGAUUUGCACACAGCUGCUUCCAAUAUGCCCUAUCCAAGAAAUGGCCUCUUUACAUGAGUACCAAAAAUACCAUUAUGAAGGCAUAUGAUGGAAGGUUUAAGGAGAUAUUCCAGGAUAUUUUUGAGGAUAACUAUAAAGCAACUUUUGAUAAGUUGGGUAUCUGGUAUGAGCACCGAUUGAUCGAUGACAUGGUGGCACAGAUGUUGAAGUCCUCGGGAGGUUUUGUCUGGGCUUGUAAGAACUAUGAUGGAGAUGUUCAGUCUGACAUUCUGGCGCAAGGAUUUGGUUCUCUUGGGCUGAUGACAUCAGUGCUGGUUUGUCCAGAUGGGAAAACAAUCGAAGCCGAAGCUGCUCAUGGAACAGUUACUCGCCAUUACAGAGAGCACCAGAAGGGCAAACCCACCAGCACAAAUCCAAUAGCCAGCAUAUUUGCCUGGACUCGAGGGCUGGAGCACAGAGCAAAACUUGACAGCAAUCAGCAACUUAAGCAGUUUUCUGACAUACUAGAGCAGGUGUGUGUUGAAACUGUGGAGAGUGGUAUCAUGACAAAGGACCUGGCUGCUUGCAUUUAUGGACUUCAGAAUAUAAAGCCAGGGCAGCAUUACGUGUACACUGAAGAAUUUCUUGAUGUCAUCAAGGAAAACCUAGACAAGAAGUUGAGUCAUUGAAACAGACCAAGAACAAUAAAGAAUCUUCUAAAUUCUUUCCAGGCUGCUAGUUACUAUGCUGAAGCCGACAUUUACUCCAGCUGUAGGGCUUUCUUGAUUGGAAGUGAAAUGACAUUUAUUAUUAUCAUAUGUUAAUUUGAACAUGUUUAUUUUAAUUUCAAAAAUAUUCAGUUUCAACAACUGCCUAUAAUUCCGUCCUUUGUUUCAGUAGUUUGCCUGAAACCUCUGUUUUGUAUCAUUGUCAAAGCCUGUCACACGAAAGCAAAUCUGAAAGUAACAAAUUCUCAGUGCCAUUUGAAAGUUUGGUAACCAAUGGAACAUGGAUAAUUUGUAGAUUUUUGUGAAUUAAAAAGGAAUAGUGUGCUUUGUA